UUUUGUUACUUUAUUUAUAGAAUGUCAUCAAAUCUGAUAUUUCGACAGCUCUUUGAAUCUGUUUCUUGCACAUUUACAGGUAAUCAUGCAGAAUCUGGGAGACACCUUAAAAAACAACUUAAAAAUUGUUAUUUUUUUCUGAAAAUAAUUUCAUACAGGUAA